AUGGCAACAUCAGGCGACGCUGUGGCGGCAACUACAGCAAGGGGCUCUGGUGCGGCGCCGCAACGAACAAAGCUGCGCACUGCACGUCCGUCACCGCGCUCCAUUUCGCACGUGAAGCAGAAGCCCCUCUUCCCAGGCAUGUUCCGGCACGUCUCGAUGUUCGAGGGAGAGCACGUCUAUCACUACGGACGCCACACUUUCGUCAUCAUGUGUGACAGUAUGGCCAUGUGUAUAAUACCCGCAGGCUGCAUCCUCGGCUACGUUAUUACCCACAUGCCCUCGUUGCCGGUGAUCUCGUUUGAGGUGCAGUGUGUGUUCAUGGCGAGCUUGUUCGUGCUGUCGCGCCUCCUGGCAGCCGGCAGGCGCAAUCGCUGUACCAAGGACCUGACAGGUCGGCAUGUUGUCCUCACCGGUGGCACCAGCGGCAUCGGCAAGGCCACCGCGGCGCAGCUGGCAAAAAUGGGGGCAGACGUGACGAUCAUUGCCAAUGACUCACCGCACGCCGCGGACGCCCUCGCGUAUGUGCGCAGUCACGCCAAGAACAGCGCAGAACAGCAAAUCCACCUGCAGACUCUGAAUUUGGAUGACUUCAUCGCGGUGCGGGAGUACUGCAAGCGGAUGCGGCAGAGCAAUCGCUCCAUCGACAUAUUAGUGAACGCGGCGGGGGUGCUGCAGGCGAAGCACAGGACGACCCGCUUUGGCGAUGAUGUGCAGCUGGCCAUCAACUUCCUUGGCCCGUAUCUACUCACCGAGGGUCUGCUCUCACUUGUGGAGGCGGCACACGGCCGCAUUGUCUAUGUUUCGUGCGCCGCGCACGUGGGCGUGAAGGGGAACGUCGUGACGACGUACCUCAGUGGACGUGGCGUGUGGUCACCGCGAGUGGCAAACAAAUUCGACGGCUUGGAGCAGUACGGCUUCACGAAGCUCGGCAACAUCUUCCACGCCCAGCAGCUUGCCCUCCGCUCCUACCCGCAGCCAGAGAAGAGCUGUAUGUCCUCGAGGCUGACACGUCAGCAGCAGGUCAUCAAGACCGCUGGCGGACACAAGCAGUCUGCACCGCGCAGGUCCGGAUACGCCGCCGCUGCUGCUGAAGCCGCUGUAGCCUCACAAGCCAGUGGCACCGAAGCUGCCGGCGACAUGGAAGCCGUGAACAUCGAGCCACGCUUCACGUGCUGCGCCUGCUCACCGGGAGGGGUCGUCACGAACCUGUACCGCAGCAUUCCACUCGGUAGCACCUUCAAGUAUCUCUACUACCUCUACAUCCUUGUCAUGCGCACCGCAUGGGAAGGGAGUCAGACGGUAGUUAACUGCUGCGUGCGGGACGACUUCAAGAAUGGCGGGUACUACAUGAACACGCGCUAUCAGCCGGCCGGGCUCUCCAAGACAGCGUGCAACGUGACGGAGCGUGAGCAGGUGAUGACGUGGACUCAGAAUAAGAUGAAGCCGUACAUGAAGUGGGACUAG